AUGAUCCUCCUCGAGUCGCACAACGUUGUCAUACAGAACACUCUUGCCGAAAAGUUCAACAAACCAGGCUCAAUAGAUGUCGUCUUUGUCGACUUUGAUGGCGUGCGUUUCCGGUUAUCGACACCGACGAGCAAGGAAAUCAUCGUGCUCUCGAUGAACAUUCGCUGCUGGGACGAACUCGCCAAGUACGGUGUGACCGAUGUAUUGCAGAGAGAAUACGGAUCGCGAGUCAUGCCGCAGCCAGAGGCUGAUUAUCAUGUCAGUCUAGAAUACGCCAUUGAUUCCAUCCCGCCCCCAGGAGAGGAGAGAGAUGCCCUUAUAAAAGCCGCAUCGUUGCUCAAGCGAAACGCACUUGCCGCGCCAUUUGAGAAUGCGUUUGCGACCCAGAAGACGCUGGAAAGCUCAGAGACAUCUGAUCUUCCGGGACAGCUGAUGGAGAUUCAUUAUCGCGACGAAGAAGCGAUUUACAUCCAGGCGGCGAAUGAUCGUGUAACAGUCGUCUUCUCUACCAUCUUCAAGGACGAAACGGAUCGUACAUUUGGAAAGGUCUUCCUUCAGGAAUUUGUCGACGCUAGACGGCAGAAUACGGCAAUGCAGCACGCGCCCCAAGUUUUGUACUCGAGUAGAGACCCUCCACUAGAAAUUCGCAACGUUGCUGGUCUCAAGCGAUCGGAUGAUGUCGGAUACGUUACAUUCGUUCUGUUCCCGCAGCAUUUCUCAAACCCUGAGAGAAUGCAGUCGACCAUAUCCCACAUUCAGCUCUUCCGUGACUAUCUUCAUUAUCAUAUCAAGUGCUCAAAGGCCUACAUGCACAGCCGAAUGCGAGCACGGGUGGCCGAAUUCUUGAAGGUUCUCAACAGAGCAAAGAUGGAGAACAAGGAAGUCGAACGAAAGACUGUAACUGGGCGAACCCUGGUGCAGCGAUAG